GUGUUUUCAAAUGAGAGAGAUGACCAAUGAAAAAAAGGUAGGCCUUCCGUUUGACCGGUUGGACCAAUUCGGUAUCCUCGAGCAAAAUUCGACCGACCAGUGGAUUCACCAUGGCAACCACAGAAAAGUACGGACUUCUACUGACCAAGCUCACACGGGCUUCCCCCGCCCGAUCAGGAGGAGUUGUUGUUGGCGCUAGGGUUUCUUGAAACAAUCCUGAGAAGCCAGGGAUAUGAUGCUAUCAUGGUCGGAUAAUUGUGGUGCUGCUUCUGCUCCUAUUCCCAACCCCAAUGCUUCUUCUUCCGAAAAUCCAAACCCUAUCCCCCCUGUCGCUUUGGUUGCCGACGAUACUUCCCCCGCCUCACCCUCGUUGUCGACCUCCUCUGAACGUAAUAAUUUCACCACCACUGCCUCACCUGACAACCCAUCGCCAUCUCUGCCGCCCCCGCCACUACCACCGCCACCAGCACCACCGCCAGCUGAGAUCCCUCUCUCAUGGCCACCCGAUGGCAAUCUAAGCUUAGAUUGGAUCCAGGAUCUCAUGUCAGCCUUCGACUGGUCUUCCAGAAAUCUGCAUCCCUCGGAAUUCCCGCGCGUAUUCCCUGUAGGCACGCUAGAUUCUCUGGUGCUCUGCGCAUCCAAAAUCCUGCACAAGGAACCUAAUUGCAUCAGAAUUGAGGAUUGUGGGCCCAAUUCCAGAGUUGUGGUGGUAGGAGACGUUCACGGCCAGUUGCAUGAUCUCUUAUUUCUCUUGCGGCAUGCUGGUUUACCUUCCCAAAACCAUUUCUACGUCUUUAACGGAGACUACGUUGAUCGAGGGGCUUGGGGUCUGGAAACCUUCCUCAUUUUGUUGGCUUGGAAGAUCUUCAUGCCACAUAGAUUAUUUCUCCUCCGUGGAAAUCAUGAAUCUAAAUAUUGCACGUCUGUUUAUGGGUUUGAAAAGGAAGUGAUGACGAAGUAUGGAAAUCGAGGGAGACAUGUAUAUCAUAAAUGUUUAGGAUGUUUUGAAGGACUUCCAUUGGCCUCAAUUAUAGCUGGGCAUGUCUAUACAGCCCAUGGAGGGAUUUUUCGUAGUGUUUCUGUCAACUCGUCAAAGCGAUCCAAACGAAAGAAGAACCGUAGGAUAAGUAUUAACUCUGAAGCGAAUGCAUUAUCUUUGGGCUCUUUAGAGGAAUUGUCCAAAGCUAGGAGAUCAGUUCUUGAUCCUCCAUGGGAAGGUUUAAACUUGAUUCCUGGUGAUGUGUUGUGGUCAGAUCCUUCGAUGAACCCCGGUCUUUCACCAAAUAAAGAGAGAGGCAUUGGUUUGCUAUGGGGUCCAGAUUGCACUGAGCAGUUUUUGAAGAAGUUCCAUCUAAAGCUGAUUAUUAGGUCACAUGAAGGCCCUGAUGCAAGGGAAAAGAGACCUGGCUUCGCUAGAAUGGAUGAAGGGUACACUAUAGAUCAUGUUGUGGAAUCAGGAAAGCUAAUUACUCUAUUCAGUGCUCCAGAUUAUCCUCAAUUUCAGGCAACAGAGGAGAGGUACAAAAACAAGGGGGCAUACAUUGUUUUGGAGCCUCCUGAUUUUGACACCCCAUUGUUUCAUAGUUUUGAAGCAAUUACCCCAAGACCAAAGGUAAAUCCCUAUUAUGAUUACGAGGACGUGAUUGAUUCUGACGAAGAACUGGACUUGGCUUCAAUGGCUCCUCCAUAAAAGAAGUGGCGCCUUUUCAAAUGUAGAGUAAUUUAUCAAGCUACACACGGGAUGGUAAAUAGUGAAAUUGUUUUUGCUGCGCUCAUAAGUCGGUUUAUCAUCAUUAUUAUUUUUUCUGUGAUCAGUCGUGGUUGAGAAAUUUUCUAUAUAAAACCUUAAGAGAUAAUUAUGCUGCUGCAAGCUGCAAGCUGCCUUGGCAAAUUCAAAUGUAGAAUAAUUCAUAUCAAGCUUCCAACAGGAUUAGUAAGGCUAAAGUUGUUUUUCUUCUAUUCA